UCACCACUACUCCUCCAAAAUCACUGUAUAUAUAACCGCUUCUUUCCCUCUCUCAUUUUCUACAUAUUACACGUUAACCACACCCUUUUUUCAGUUCAAAUUUUCAAAACCCUAGGCCAUACCUUUGUUCAGAGUUUCACCAAGUUAACAAUGGGAACUUAUUCGGACGACCAGCUCUCUCACCUACAAACUUUGGAGCCUUUGUAUGACCGACGAUUCUCAAAACAUGUUCACGAUAAUGUCCACGGCAACAUCUAUCUGGAUAAGCUGUCUUUGAAGUUUAUUGAUACUGAACAAUUUCAGAGACUUCGCGAUCUAAAACAACUUGGUCUAGCAUACUUGGUUUACCCAGGAGCUGUACAUUCUCGGUUCGAACAUUCACUAGGGGUUUAUUGGCUGGCUGGCGCUGCUAUUCGGACAAUUAAAGCUUUCCAAGGCUCUGAGCUUGAUAUUGAUCGUGCUGAUAUACAGACUGUGAAACUUGCUGGACUACUACAUGAUAUUGGCCAUGGGCCAUUUAGUCACAUGUUUGAGCGCGAGUUUCUUCCCCGGGUUCUUAAUGGAUCCAACUGGUCUCACGAGGACAUGUCUACAAAGAUGAUAGAUUACAUUGUUGAUGAGCACAAUAUUGAGAUUGAUUCUGAAAGCCUCAACAGAGUAAAGGAAAUGAUCAUUGCUAGCCAUGCUUCAGAUAGAAGUACAAAGGAAAAGCAGUUUUUAUAUGACAUUGUUGCAAAUGGUCGAAAUGGAAUAGAUGUAGACAAGUUUGAUUACAUUGUUCGUGAUUCCCGGGCUUGUGGUCUUGGCUGCAAUUUUCAGUUUGAAAGGUUAAUGGAAACAAUGCGAGUUAUGGGUGAUGAGAUAUGUUACCGAGCCAAGGAUUAUCUUACUGUUCACAAGUUAUUUGCCACACGUGCUGAUUUACAUCGGACAGUCUAUACACAUGCAAAAGUAAAGGCAGUAGAACUUAUGCUUGUUGAUGCUCUUUCAGAAGCAAAUCAAUAUCUUGACAUUUCGUCCUCAAUUCAACAGCCAUCUGAAUUUUGGAAGUUAGAUGACUCCAUAGUGAAAACCAUUUUGACUGAUCCCCGGCAAGAGCUCAAGAAAGCAAGAGAUUUAAUCCUUCGUAUUCGGAGAAGGGAAAUAUACCAGUUCUGCAAUGAAUUUUCAGUUCCAAAGGCCAAGCUAGAGCAUUUCAAAGACAUCACUCCACAAGAUAUUGUUUGUUCUCAGAAAGCUGGUGGUGUUUCACUAAAAGAAGAAGAUGUUGCUGUGAGCAAUGUUAGGAUUGAUUUGACUCGCGGAAAGAACAACCCCCUUGAAAGCAUUAAUUUUUUCAAGGAUUAUGAUUGCGAUGAGAAGUUUCCCAUUCGGGAUGAUCACAUCAGUCAUUUGCUGCCUGCAUGCUGCCAAGAUACUAUUGUGAGGGUGUACUCUAAAAAGCCCGAACUGGUUUGUGAAAAAUUAUUAUCUAAAUUAAUAUUGUUAUGUUAACAAUUUACUUGGCGUUAUUAAAUAUUCCCGUGAAUGAACAAAUUUUUUUCAUCCAUACAGGUGGGAGCAAUUUCUGAGGCCUUCGAGAAUUUCCAGGUAAAAAUGUUUGGUAAGACAGCACAGGUGUAUGCUACUCCUGAGAAGAAGAAACGCCGACUAUAAUUGCUGCAAUUCUUCGUCUUACCUUGCCCAAUAUAUAAAUACGUACAAACACUAUACAUAUUCAUAUAGAACCAUUGACUGUCAAAGAAAAAAAGAAAACUA